AUGAACAACACCGCUGGUUCCUACGCGCUCGUCGGAGCUAAGGCUCCAUCUGAUUCGACUAUCGCGAAGAAGCUCAGAGAGGCAGGUGCCAUUAUCCUGGGAAAGACAAAUCCUAGCGAGUGGGGCAGCUUCCGGAUACCAUGGGACUCGAGUAACGGCUGGUCAGCGUAUGGCGGACAGACAUACGGAGCGUUCUAUCCUCAUCAAGAUCCCUCCGGUAGUUCUAGCGGAAGUGCGGUUGCAGCUUCCGAACGCAUGGACACCAUCGGCCCCAUAACCAAAACCGUCAAAGACUCCGCGUACGUUCUCCAGAGCAUCGUAGGCACCGACGUAUACGACAACUACACCUCUACUAUACCAGACAACGUCGACAAAGACUUCGUCGGCGCCUGCAAACUCACCGCACUUAAAGGUGCACGUCUAGGCGUCCCUCGCAACGUCAUCAGCCUCAUGUCCGACAACACAACAGACUCCAUGAUCGCAGCAUUCAACAACACCCUAGACAUCUUACGCUCAGCAGGCGCAUCAGUCAUCGACACCGACUUCCCAGCUGCCCAAGACUUUCUAAACGACACCCUCCUAGCCCUACAAAUCAUGUCCGCCGAUUUCGUCGUGAACAUCGAAUCCUACCUCAAACAGCUCACCCACAACCCGCACAACAUCUCCACCCUCCUCGAACUCCGAGCCUGGACACGCCAAAGCCCACUAGAAAGCUACCCAGCCAAAUCAACAGGCGUCUGGGAUUUCGCGCUGGAGAACUGGGAUAACACCACCCCAGAAUUCUGGCAGGCGUAUCAAAAAGGUCUGUACUAUGACGUCGAGGGAGGCUUGCUUGGAACGAUUAAACGGCACGGUCUUGAUGCUGUUGUUCUGCCGUCGAAGUUUUCUUGGUACUUUGCUGCUGUUGCUGGGGCGCCGGUUGUGAGUAUACCGAUGGGGGCUAUGGGGGAUGAGCAGCCGGUUUUGGUUGAUCCUGAUGGGUUGGUGGGGUCGGCGCCGGGUAUUCCGUUUGGAUUCAGUUUCUUGGGGGAGAAGUGGGGUGAUGCGAAGAUUGUUGGAUUGGCGUAUGCGAUGGAGCAGAGGACGCGCGUGAGGGGGGAGGUGAAGCCGGUUGUUAGGCCAUGGACUGAGCUGGGGGAUGUUGUUGGGAGGAAGUAG